CCUGGCUGCAUAGUUAUUCCACUACGUGUUGUUGUAACGGCAAGAAAUACUAAAGAGCAUGUCGUUGGAAACUGUGAGCUGCUUCUUUGAUGGUUACCGAAAAAAUGGAAAAGAGGGCGAAAGUGCUUUGAAAUUAGUCCGAGAGAACAUACUGAACUCAAUCAAGAGUUCCUCUCUAGGAAAGUACUCGAAAUACUGUGAUGUACCAGAAGACGAAAUCAAUAGCUGGUUGGACUCCUUACUGGGGAAAGAUCGCUUGAACGAAGAGCAAAGAAAUGAAAUACGAAGGCAGCUUUGUCAGUGUUUGAAGAGAAUUGACGAAGAGUCCUGUAUAGCCUUGUGGAAUUACUGGCUUCGACCGUCUACAAACCCUUUAUCAGCAUUACUCAUUGUUGACGCCCAAAAUGACUUCAUGAGUGGGUCUCUGGCAUUAAAGCACUGCCCUGCUGGUGAAGAUGGUGAAGAAGUAGUGUCAGUGAUUGAGGAUCUGUUGUCUAAAAAUCUGUUUAGUGUUGUUGGUUACACAUUUGACUGGCAUCCACCAGAUCAUUGUUCCUUCAUAGACAAUGUGUCUUUGUAUCCACUGCACUCCACUAGUCCUGUAAGCUCAGCUCAAGCCAAACUAUUUGAUGUUGUUGUUUAUGACAAACUUCCUCUCAUCAAUCAAAUUUUGUGGCCAAGACACUGUGUUAUCGACAGCUGGGGAGCUGAGCUGCAUAAAGGAAUCAAGCCUCCUGGCAAAGAGGAUAUAACAGUGAAGAAAGGUAGCAAUCCCCGUAUCGACAGCUAUUCCGCAUUUUGGGAUAAUGCGGACUGUGUCCAGACCUCAUUAUUUGUUGAUCUUCUCAACCGUGGUGUUACAGAUGUGUACUUGUGUGGUUUAGCUUUUGAUGUUUGUGUGAAACAUUCAGCAAUUGAUGCUUGGGAGCAAGGCUUUAGAACUCAUGUUAUAGUGGAUGGCUGCCGUGGAGUGUCACCUGACGGAAUUGCUGAAACAAGGAAGGAGUUUUUGAAAAAUGGCAUUGUUCUAAUCGUAUCAAAUAAGGUGGAAGAUGCACUUAGGGACAAGGAAGAGCAAAGUUAUACAAUGGCAUGAAAGUAUUAAAUUGAUGCAGAUGAUUUCUGCUAAAUAAAUAUUUCUUUUAAAUUAGUAACUUUAUGUCAAUGAAUUUUUUUUAUACUUCUUUUUUAUUACUAACUUAUGGUACAGAUUCUGCUUGCAUUCAAACACCAUGUUCAUGUGGAGGCCCGUUGGUUCUAGUUAAUAAUAAAAUUAAUAUUGGUGUGCAAAACUUAUUUAUUCAGAGUUACAUUUUGCAACCAUUCCUGAACAAUAGUAUUUUAGGGCUUGUGUGUUCUUGACUGUGUUUUUUCAGUGGCAGGUCCUUUUUUUCGGUACCAUGAUUAACAGUACAUUCCAACAGUAACUAUUUAAAAUUUUUGUAUUUACCUAGUGUUGUUUUUGGGAAUCUUUUUCAGCUUGUGAAAUAUAAGUUUUAGCUAUGUGUAACUCUUAACGCUCCUUUGUUUGGUAACUUUUCUGUUACAACUGAACAAAAGAAUUAUAACACUAUAAUACAAUACUGACCACAUUAAUAGCUCUAUUUUGCUGUUUCCAAAAUGAAUUAACAAAAAGUUGUGUAUAAUGUGGAAAUUUCAUCAGUAUCUAUAAAUUUUUUAUAAAAAUAACGACACACAUGAAACUAAAUUUAUAAGACAUGUUUGGGUCGUUCAACAUGUCUUUUAAAUUUAGUUUCAAAUGUGUCGCUAUUUUUAUAAAAAUUUCUGUCAGUCUUCUCCUUUCCAGACCUUUUGGAUAUCUAUAAAAUAAAGAGAACAUUACAUGGCGGCUUGGGGAUAUGAAUUUUAUCUUCUCGUGCUGAAAGUAUCUCUGAUUCUGUCGAGAUACUUACAGCACUUGAAGAUAAAAUUCGUGUCCCUGUACGGCUAUGGAAUAUCCUCUAUUUAAUUUAUAUUUGACUUGAAGGUACCAAUUAAGUAUACAAUUCAUACCAUGCAGGUCAUGUCUUUAACUGACAAAAAAAGGUACUGUAAGUUAUAAUUGAUUGCAAAAAUAUGAAUAAUAUAUUAAUUAUGAUGUAUGCUACUUUUUAAUCCACUAAAUAUUUUUGCUUGUGCACAAUUCGUUAAACCUUUAACCUAAGAUCUGACAUUUUCUAUUGAGAGACUCUCGCAACGAGUUCAUGUUUUGCUGUUUGAACAGAAAAUCACAAACAUUUAGUUGCGGUAAUUCCCACAAGAAAUUUCAGUCACCUCAAACUGCAAAAAUUUGGUCCUGCAAAAACCCAACAAUUUGCAAAUUAAUUAAAUUUAUAAAAACUUUAUGUAUUACAUGGUAUACCAUAUUAAAGAUUACUUUUAUUAACAAAAAUUAUAUUAAACUUUAUUUAUGAUUAUACUGCUUGACUGGGUGAAUAAAAGAUUGAACAGAUUAAAACUUAUUUAAUCAGGGAAGAAGUACACAAAAUUGAUAGACAAGGUAUACUUUAAUUUUGAGUUUAUUUUUUCAGCUUCAUCCAAACCUGUAAAGUUUGAUAACUGGUAAUAAAAAUAUAAAUUGUAUUGGAAA